AAUAAAUUUGCUAAGGAUACAUUAUUUUGCAUCAAUAGCAAAUUAACGUGAUUCUUAGGACAAAUAUACUCAACAAAUUUUUUUUAUCCUGGCAACAAAAUCUCUUCCACUCUGAUAACAAGUAAUUUGUAAAAUUAGUUACAUCAACUAAGUUUUUUUGAUGUCAACUAAGUUUUUUUGACGUCAACUAAGUUUUUUUGACGUCAACUAAGUUUUUUUUAUGUCACUACGAAUAUGCAGUAGCAACGACGAUUUUGCUAAAAGAGCAAAAUUAUUGUUCUCCGUGAGGCGAAUAUCUUGAAGGAAACUUUACUAAUCUCUUACGCGUGAAGUAACAAUUUCGCAGAAUUGCACAAGCUUAAUACGCUAAUAAGAUACGAGUAUUAUGCGUGAAUGUGCAUGUGUGUGUAUGUGUGAGAUAACCAAUAUUGAAAAUAAAAAAAGAGUAUCCUCACAACGGACUCGCGGUAUAAUAUGUGCUACUUUUCUAUGCUGCUCUUCUCGUACUGUCUACACACGUCUCGUUAGUCACACGAUUGUUUGGGAUUCUUUUUUUCUUUUUUAACAUUUGCUAAAGCACGUAACGAGAAUAGAUGGCUCGUAUGCUCGUCCUGUGCCGCGAGACAAUAACGAAUCUCGCUCGAAGAGGAUGGGAGUGGCAUUCACCGUUCGGCCGCCGCGGCACCUGCGGUAUAAAAGCAACCUCCGUCGCCGCGCGUUCAGUUUUGUCUCGGAGCGACCGAUCGUGAAACGAUACUUUCGACAUGCGGCUUCACGCGAUAGCACUGGGCGCGUUGCUCGUGGCGGGUAUUGUCUCGGCGUAUCCGCAGAAGGACGGGCAGAUCUUCAGUAACGAGGCGAUACGGCAGGCUCAGAACACCUACCUGAUCCCCAAGGACGCAACUAUACAGAAGGUCCAAGAAGGCAUCGAACUCGCCGCCUACGAAUCGAUCCCCGGCGACCAGAGGAUCAAUCUCUUCGAGAUCCUGGGCGAGCACGUGCCACCAGAAGUGGUGAACAAUCUACAGAGCCAGAUCGAUCAGAUCGGUCGAAACUGAGCCGUCCUUACUGUACAAUCGUCGGCGUCGUCGUCAUCGUCGUCAUCGUCAUCGUCGUGUAAAAAUAAUCAUACUCCGAGCUCCUUGCGACUAUCUAUCGAUAGAAAUAUUUAUGAACGAACGUUCCCUUCGUACUUUGCACCUUGCGCUUAUUGUACCUUUUCAAAGUUUCUCGAUGUAGAAUGACUUUCCACUUUUCGUAAAUAAACGUGAGUAAAAGAGCA